CUUGAUUAGUCUUUGGUUAUGCGGAAGAGCCAGCUGAUCCCGCUGGAAUAUAAAUCAUUUUGUGUAAUCUCACUGUCAGAGGAUUCAGUACAGACAGCUUGGUGUGAUAAUUAUCUGGAGUGUGUAGAGGGAGUGGCACAACUGCUUAGGAAGGCAUGAGAAAGAUCUUACGGUCAGGACAGGAGAGAGUGGCAGCAUAGGGUGAAGCUUUAUCUCAGACCAGUGUUUCCUGAUCCCUCAUGGCGUAUGCAGCAUACUGGAUGAGGCUUCAUGGUGAAGCAGCUGCUUCCCCACUGGAAGUACAUCAUAGCAGCAGGUCUUCAACCUACUAUCCCACUGCAGGGUCCUACAGUGUCAAGUCGCAGCCUAGCCAGGCCACACCCAAACCGGCGGCUCAGGUCUCCACUGCGAAGCCUGCACAGUUUGAGACAGCACCAUCAGGAUCCACCAUGGCUACAAAGCCUGGGGGGGUUGCCACAGCAACAGGCGGGGCCAGAGGAAGUGCUUCAGUUGGGACAGCUGGAAAACAGGCACCUAAAGCCAAACCAGAGACUAACACUACGCCGGCAGGUGCUACUGUUAUUGACAUGUCCUCCGCUGGGACUACUCAUGUCGACAUGACAUCAGCUGGGGCGAGAGGCGGUACUAAAGAGAUGUCCAAGACGACACCUGUCUCCCAAGUCAAAGCCUCAGCUACAGCUCCUUCUCCUGCUGCUGGAGCAGCUGCAGCUGCUGGUGCGACAGCGUCUGCAGCAGCAGGCACUGCUGCUGUGACCAAACCUAAAGAGUCACCCAAAGACACAGCCAAGAGUGCCACUGCCACUACAACAGUCAAAGCUGAUGCACCUAAAGUUGAUCCGGCCAAAACAUCAAAGCCAGCUGCAGCAGCCAAGGCUGCAGCUGGAAAGGUGUCUGUACAGGGGAAGAAAGAAGAAGCUAAACCGACACAAACGAAGGUGCAGGUGGAGGUUCCUCCCAUAGAAUCUAAAGGAGCCAAACAGGCAGCUGAGUUGGAUCCAUUUGACGCCCUCGCCAGCAGCUUACCAUCAAAUGAUGCUGUCGCACCACCACAGCCCGUAUACACUGGGCCAGAGGUCAAAGAGCAUGACAUCACUUCCAAGAAGGGUCAAAAGUGUGGAGAAAGAGACAGCACGCUGCCUCCUGGCUACAGAUUUGAAGAUAUGCCUCCAGUUCCUGCAGGUGUUAAACCCAAGGACGUUCCUAAACCACUGAGCACAGACGAGGCCCUGGAUUCCCUUUCAGCUGGUUUCAUGACUUCAACAGCUCUAGCUGCACCCACGAAACAAGAGAAACAUGCUGAUAGCGUCACUGCCUCAUCUGCUGGUCCCACUAACUUUGCACCACCUCCUGUAAAGAAAACUGACGUCCCUGCUGGAGUUCCCCACAAAACCGUGUGUCCUGUUCCUCCUGCUGAUAAAAAAGCAAAGAUGGAGAAAGUCUCAGAUGAUUUCUCUCUGGAGGCUGGGCUUCCCUCUGCUCCUCCCAAGAAAGUAGUCCCCCCUGUGGCUGUGUGUCCUGCUCCUCCUGCUGAUAAAAAAGCAAAGAUGGACACCAAGCCCAAGAAUAAUGAGGGUGACUUUAUGUCUCUGGAUGCUCUCAGUGCUCUUGGCGACACACUGGCAGCACCAGAACCAAAACCUGAACCCCCCAAACUCAGACCUGAAGACAUUGUCUCGCAUGACAAACUCAAGAAGGAGAAGGGAGUGCGUGUAGGAGAGAGGGAGGACGCACUUCCUCCAGAGUACAGGUUUAAAGAGGAUGAACUCAAAAAACUGCCUGCUCCUAAACCUGAGCCCACCAUGGAUACUGGUGAGGCUCUGGAUAUUUUGUCUGGAGACUUCAUGACCUCCUCAGCAGCUCCUGCCGUCCAGGCUCCUGUUAUCAAGUCCUCAGCUGCUGCUGCACAGAAAGUUGAAUCCUCUGCAGUUCCUCCUGUGGCUGUGAGUCCUGCUCCUCUUACUGACAAGAAACCCAAGACUGAUCAGGAUGACUUUAUGUCUCUGGAUGCUCUCAGUGCUCUUGGCGACACAUUGGCAGCACCAGAACCAAAACCUGAACCCCCCAAACUCAGACCUGAGGACAUGGUCUCGCAUGACAAACUCAAGAAGGAGAAGGGAGUGCGUGUAGGAGAGAGGGAGGACUCACUUCCUCCAGAAUACAGGUUUAAAGAGGACGAACUCAAAAAACUGCCUGCUCCUAAACCUGAGCCCUCCAUGGAUACUGGUGAGGCUCUGGAUAUUUUGUCCGGAGACUUCAUGACCUCCUCAGCAGCUCCUGCUGUCCAGGCUCCUGUUGUCAAGCCCUCAGCUCCUCCUGCACAGACUAAAGUAGAGGAUUUGUCAGCUCUGGAUUUUCUUUCUGGAGAUUUUAUGGCUCCAACUAAAGCUUCUGGAGUUCACGCAGCUGCCCCUCCGUCUACCAAGAAGACACCACAGAAAAUGGUUUGUCCUCUGGAGAGACCUAAUACCAUUGACGUCUUCUCUGCACCACCACAGCAAGCAAAACCCAAGACUGGUGACCCUAUGUCUCUGGAUGCUCUCAGUGCUCUAGGCGACAUGUUGGCAGCACCAGAACCAAAACCUGAACCCCCCAAACUCAGACCUGAGGACAUGGUCUCGCAUGACAAACUCAAGAAGGAGAAGGGUGUGCGUGUAGGAGAGAGGGAGGACACACUUCCUCCAGAAUACAGGUUUAAAGAGGACGAACUCAAAAAACUGCCUGCUCCUAAACCUGAGCCCUCCAUGGAUACUGGUGAGGCUCUGGAUAUUUUGUCUGGAGACUUCAUGACCUCCUCAUCUGCUCCUGCUGUACAGGCUCCUGCCGUCAAGCCCUCAGCUCCUCCUGCACAGCUCUCUGCAGACUUUGCUCUGGAUGCCUUGGCAGGAGAUUUUGUCUCCUCAACUGCUGCCCCAGCAGUGAAGUCUGCUGCUUUUGUUCCCACAGAAACCGCCCCACAUCUGGCAGCAGAUGCAGACAAUGCCCUGGAUGCUCUUUCAGACACUCUGAAGGAUAUCAAUCCCACCCCUAAGCCCAUCACCCCUGUUCCUGCCAAAGACAUUGUCAAGGAGAAGAAGGCAGUUGAAGAGAGGCUGAUUAAGAUGGGAGACAGAGAUGACUCACUGCCUCCAGAGUACAGACCCACCGAGGAAGAUCGCAAGAAAAUGGCAGAAGCAAAGGCCAAAGCCGCCACAGCACCCAAGGAGACUAUGGAUGAUAAUACUGCUUUGGACCUGCUGUCCAGUGAUUUCUCUACUGAUCCAAAGCCUGUUGCACCGGCCGCAUCAUCUGCAGCCUCAACAAAGCUGGAACCUCCUGUGCUGGACUCUGAACCCCUGAAGCCAAUGGCUGGUCCUGUCUUGGACUCCAUGGCUGGCACACUGCUCCCAGAUGCCCCAGAAUUCAAGUCUAAGGCAGACAAACCAAAGGGCAAGAGCAAGUCAAAGUCAAAGUCUAAAAAACAUCAUUCAGAUGAACCGUCUGCCACUGAUGAGCUGUCUGCUCAGCUAAGCUCAGACGUGGUGCCAACAUCCACAAAGCGGGGAGGCAAGAGCUAGACCACUUGGUUGUCAAUGCAGUUUGUCCUCCGGAGGCCAGAGGAAUGCUCCAGUGAGGGAGCUGGUCUCUGGAUAAUGAUUCUAUUUUUCUAAAUCAUCAAGAAUGUAUACUGACUGGAUGAAAGACAAACCUAGACGUACCCAUAACACUUGCUCAUCAUGCACACACACACACACACACACAACAGCUCUGCGUGCAGCGCCUUACUUGCUCGGUUUCACAUGUAGUCAAAGACGAGAAGCUUUUGCUUUCUGUCUUUAGAGAGAAUAAAAAGAGAGACAAAGAUGGAGAUAAAGAACGAGUGAUGAACAGACAAAAAAAGAGGGAAAAUGUAUGAAGAGAGAAGAGUUUAAGACAAGUGAUAAUCA